AUGGCUUCACCAUUGCCCUUCUUCCUCCUCCUUCUUGCCAUUUUGGUUCUCAUCUCUCCCGGUUUUGCAAUCGUACUACCACACAUCAGGCAGCCGCUGCCACCGCCACUACCACCCAUACAGUUGCUGUACAUACCACCCCAAUCACCACCACCACCAGCAACAGCAAAAGAUGGCAGUCAUGAGCCUUUCCAUGCUCUGAAGUCCAAUUCUUCUGUUUCAAAGAAGAAUAAUUUUGGCCAGAGUUUCAAGGCUGCUAUAUAUGUAACCACAGUUUCCGACUUUGCAGCAAGAAUGUGUGCACCUCUAUUAACCUUAUUAUAUGUUUGCAGGUACAACUUAUUGGAUUUAGUGGAUCACUUUCAUCAACGUGGCUUAUAUCGUUCCACUUUUCUAAGCAUUAUGGAAGGUGAACAAUCGUUGAGAAAGUUUUCCCCAGAAGUCAAAGUUCUGGACUCGAGCUUUAAAGAUGCCAUUCUUCUCUUGCCUCCCAUUAUUCUGUUUCAUGGAAGUGAUGAUCGUUCCAUACCAUCAGAAUCCAGUAAAAAGUUUGCCGAUGCUCUAACGAAGGUGGGUGCAAGAACUGAGCUAGUUCUAUAUGAUGGAAAAACACAUACAGAUUUGUUUGUCCAAGUAAGUGAUGAGUAG